AUGUCACCGUCAGAGGCCUGUGGUGGAGGGUUUGUAUCCGGGGAUGGUCUGGAUCCCCUGCCACAGGCUCUGUGUGUCUCUGCUGUCUUUGAUAUGACGGGUUAUCUUUUUGGUGUACAGGGGCCUGGCUUUCCUGAUGCCACAGGACAGACAACUACAGGAACAACAAUCACAGCUACAACUUCUAUUGGCCCAAUAACACAGACACUUCCACACAGCGCCACUGUUUACACACCUGGUGAAACCACUGCCCAAUCAACCAGAACCACAUCAGUUUCCACUCUUUCACUGUCCACCACAACUACAACAUUAUGUGCCUGUGUUUUCAAUGGAACUUCAUAUCAUCCUGGAGACUUGCUGUACAAUGUCACUGACAACUUAGGGUGGUGUUUUGUUGCAUAUUGCAAUGCAUCUUGUAAAGUUGAGACACAAUCCAGUCCAUGUUCCACAGCACCGAUACCAAGCACAACGGCACAUUCUACUACUGCAGUGUUCAGCACCACUGCAAAGGCCAUACUUUCAAGCUCAGCUGCUCCCACCACAACUAUUCCUACCUCUGCUACCACUCCAUCAACAACCCCAUCUACAACUACCUUAGACUGCAAUGAUGUGUAUCCAGCAAGAAAGAAUGGAGAUACCUGGGACAUUGGCAACUGCACCACAGCUAUGUGCACUAAUGGCAAGGUCACAGAGACACCUACUCUCUGUCCCACAGUACAACAACCCAUCUGUACUAAUGGACGUAAAGCUGUCAAGAUCAAUGACAAAGACGGAUGCUGCUUCCACUAUGAAUGUGAAUGUGUGUGCACUUCUUGGGGUGGAUCCCACUACAUGACAUUCGAUGGGAAAUCAUAUGAUUUCAAUCAGACUUGCUCAUACUACCUGCUCAAAGAGAUUAUUACUAAAUAUAACCUAACUAUUACAAUAAAUAACCAUGACUGUGAUCCUUCAGACAGUUCAUUCUGCCCCCAGACUCUCAUAGUUACGUACCAAGCCUACAAGGUAGUUUUGACUUAUCUGAAGACUUCAGGAACAGCAGUUAAUGCGGUGUAUGUGAAUCAGAAACGUAUCUAUCCUGCCUACAGCAAUUCUGUCUUGCACCUCACUAGGACAGAUAUGAUGAUCAAAUUGGAAAUACCUGAGAUCAGCACAGAAGUGGUCUAUGGAGGCUCUUCAUUAAGCAUUGACAUUCCCUAUUCCCUCUUUGGAGGGAACACUGAGGGACAGUGUGGGACCUGUGACAACUCCAAGUCCAACGACUGCCGUUCUCCAAACGGCCAAGUGGAAAGCUGCUCAGAAUCUGCAGGCCAGUGGUAUGUUCCAGGUGUACCCUGUGUCACCCCCACAACCCCAUCAACUACAACUAAAGCAACCAGGAACACCUCAAAACCACCAUACUCGACAACAAAUCCCAUUUGCAAACCUGCCAUCUGUGAUCUCCUAACCAACAGUGUAUUUGCACCGUGCCACGCAGUCAUAUCCCCAAGACCAUUUGAGACAUCCUGUGUAUCUGACAUUUGCAAAGGUGGCAAUAACAUCUGCUCCAGCCUGGAGGCCUAUGCCACUGAGUGCUCUAAUGCAGGAGUCUGUAUUAACUGGAGGAAUGCUACCAAUGGACAGUGCGAGCACAAGUGUUCAGGCAACAAAGUGUACAUGGCUUGUGGCCCGCCUGUAGAGCCUACAUGCAAUGACAGAUACAACAAGAAGUUCCAGGCAAAUAGCACGGCAUCCACUAACAACACUAAGGAGGGUUGCUUCUGUCCUGAUGGCACCACCUUGUUCAACACAGUCUAUGACAUAUGUGUUAGCUCCUGCGGUUGUGUUGGACCUGAUGGAAAACCCAAACAACCUGGUGACACAUGGACAAGUGACUGCAACACCUGUGUGUGUGACAAGGAUUCCAUGAGCAUCCGGUGUGUGCCUAUUCAGUGCCCGACAGUACAGAGCCCGAACUGCAGCGAGUCUGGCCAGCAGCUGGUCAACAAGACAGAGGGCUGCUGCACAAUACAGUCAUGUGAAUGCAAUGUAAACCUGUGUCCUGCUCCUACCACCUGCCCGCUGGGCUUCCAACUCAGCGUCACCAACGGCACUUGCUGCCAAUCCUACAAGUGUGUUCCUAAGGGUGUAUGUGUCUAUAACAUGACUGAGUACCAGCCUGGUGCCAAGAUACCAACACCAGAAUCACCAAGAGAACCAAAAUUAGAAGCACCAACAGGACCAGGACAACAACCAGGAACAACAGCACCAUCAGGAGUGGGACAACCAUUGCGAGCAACAGCAACACUGGGAACUGUAUCAGGGGAGUCUUCUAAACCUGGACCCUGCCAGGAGUGUUACUGUAGCCCCAGAAUGGAUCCCAUCACAAAUCUGAACAUCAUUACCUGCAAAACCAUUGUCUGCAACACAAACUGCUCCAAGGGUUAUGAAUAUCAGACCUUACCUGCCAAGUGCUGCGGGACCUGUGUUCAGAAGAGCUGUAUUUUCACCACACCUGACGGCACAACGCAUAUCAUUAAGGUCAACGACACUUUUGUACCCCCUAAUGACAAGUGUGUGCAAUAUACCUGUGCGAAGAUCGAUGGACAGCUUGUUACCAAGGAGACCAGGACCACUUGUCCUCCCUUUAAUCCCUUGGACUGUGAACCUGGCACCGAGACAACUGAUGCUAACGGAUGUUGCAAAACCUGCAAGGUACGGAGUGUCUGUGAGGUCCAAAAUAAGCAGACAGUCAUCGAGGUGAGCGACUGUAGGAGCAUGCAGCCGGUCAACAUGACAUUCUGCACCGGACACUGUGGAAGCUCGUCCAUGUAUUCUGCAGCAGCUAACAUGAUGAUGCACCAGUGUGAGUGUUGCCAAGAGGCCACCACCAGUCAGAAAAAGGUGGAGCUGAUCUGCAAGGACGGCUCCAAGCUCCAGCACAGCUACACGGUGGUGGAGACGUGCCACUGCAGCAAAUCUGAGUGUGUGGCGGAGACAACGUCCAAACCCCAGUUCCGCAGGAGACGCUGAUCAGUUACUUACUGCCUUACACUGGAGUGGAUCCUAAAAAAACAAUGCAAGACUUGACCUUACAAGCUCUUCUUAUUAUUAUUAUUAUUUAUAGUCCAACAUGUGCUCUUCUUCAUUGUCUCACUGUAUUACUGUGAUGUAAACUUUCUUCUCCUUGGAAUUUCUUGGAUGAUAAUCAUUAAA